UCGAUUUUCUCAUUUUUAGCUUCAUCUUCAUUUCAAAUAAUUUGAUUGCUAGGAAAUGUGCUUUCAAUUACAAGAAUAUUUAACUCCUGGCGUUGUUCUUAAAUUCCGACCAUAUCGAAAUGUAUUCAUUGGAAUAUCCAGCGUUGCAAUUUUUUUCGCAAUCUUAAUAAUCGUCGAGAAUAUUAUAUUUCUGUCCAUCGUCAGUAAACAAAGUAUCCCACUUCUUCUCAUCCCGUAUAUUCUCUCUUGGGUGCUGUUCUUUCUUGGAUUUUGCUUUGCUCGAUUCGCAUAUCUAAUUCAUUCGGGUCGUAAAAGCUGUGCAUCAGUGAUUCCUCUAUCCUCUCCGAUUGCUUGGGAGGAUAGUCGACCUGUGUCACCUGUGCCGCCUUCUCCGAUUGUUGAUGUUACAAUGGUAAUUCCACCAAUGAUUUAUCGAAAUUCACUUACUGUACCAACAAGCCCGUUCUUUAUCACUGAUAAUGGAAUCAGCACGUAUCGUGACGAGCCACCAUCAUACAAUGAAAUUGUGGAGCGUGGUGUAUCUCCGAUUCCAGCACAACCAGCCAAAGUUGCACUUCCAGACGUAUAAAAUCCUGUUAACUCGCAUAUAUUUUAUUCUGAAUCUCUCUCUCACCGAAUAAUUUAAAUUUUAACAUUUUGUAUCAAAUUUGUAUUCUUUUAAAUAUCUUGAGAUUAUUGUAUCUUUUAUGUGUCUUCUAAACUUCCUUCUGAUAAAUUACGAUGCAACAAUCUCCGAAAAUUGAAAAUUUUAACAUAAAAUAUAUUUCUCAAUUGAAUUUCAAUAUUCAAACAAAUUUAAUA